AUGUCAGGCAUCGACAAUCAACCUCCACCAAACAAUGAUAUAGAAAAUCACCUCUCCACCUUCAUUAUACAUUCCUCUGACAAGUCUUUUUCUGAGCUUACUAACCUAAGUGAUCAGUUAUCAUCACAGUCAAAUGAGGGAGACUUAAGUUCUAAAUUGCAAGCAGAAACCAAAACAUUGGAUUCAAAAAAGCCACCAAUUAUCUAUGAAGUGUCAUUUUCGGGACUAGAUGAGCCAGCAGAUCCAGAAGAUAUUUCCCGACACUUAACUAUUAUUCGAAAAUAUUAUAUUUCGAUAAUCAUUACAUUUGCAUCAAUGGUUAUCACAAUGAUAUCUUCCUGUUGGACAUUUGUUUCUCCUCAUAUAAUAUCACAUUUCCAUGUCUCUCAUGAAGUGAGUGUCUUAGGUAUUACUUUCUACGUUUUUGGUCUAGCCAUUGGCCCACUAUUUUUAUCCCCCAUUAGUGAAUUAUAUGGACGUAAAAUUACUUUUAUUUUUUCUUUAUCAUUAAGUAUAAUCUGGCAAUGUUUAACAACUUGGUCAAAAUCGAUUGUCGGUAUUAUGUUUGGUAGAUUCCUUAGUGGUUUUUUUGGAUCAAGUUUUUUAAGUGUAGCAGGUGGUUCUAUUAGUGAUAUUUUCGAUAAGAGUAGUAUUACAGUACCUAUGGCUAUUUAUACCACUGCAGCAAUGUUAGGUCCUUCUUUAGGACCAAUUGUCUCUGGUGCAUUUUUUACGGUUGAUUAUAGAUGGGUAUUUAUCACCUUUAUUAUAGCAUCAGGUGUUAGUUUAAUCAUUAUUAUCGUUACAGUACCAGAAACGUACAGGCCAAUUUUAUUGGUUAAAAAAGCGAAAAGAUUGAGAAAAGAAACUGGCAAUAAUAACUAUUAUGCACCACUAGAAAUAACUAGAAAAGAGACUUCCUUAUUAAGUGCUAUGGUAUUAUCAUGUAGAAGACCAUUUGGCUUAUUAAUUUUUGACCCUAUGGCAGCAGUACUUUGUUUCUAUACAGGAUUAGAAUUAGCUAUCAUAUACUUGUUCUUUGUUGCAUUCCCAUAUAUUUUCCCUAAAUUGUAUCAUUUCAAUGAAAUGGAAUCUGCAUGUUCUUAUUUAGGUUUAACCGUGGGAAUGAUUCUAGCCACCCCAACAUCAAUAAUUUUUCAAAAGAGGUAUGAAAAUAGAAUAAAACAAAACAAUGGUGUAUCUAUACCAGAGAUGAGGUUUGAACCAUUAUUCUAUGGUGCGUUUCUUAGUCCCAUCGGUUUAAUGAUUUUUGCUUGGACAUGCUAUUCUCAUGUUCAUUGGAUUGGACCCAUUAUUGGCAGUUCUAUAUUUGGCAUUGGUGUUUUAUAUGUUUUUAUUGGUAUUUUUAAUUACACUGUGGAUGCAUAUAGAAGAUAUGCAGCAUCUGCAUUAGCAUCUAAUAGUUUUGUGAGAUGUAUGAUGGGCGGUGUUUUUCCAUUAUUCGGAUUACAAAUGUAUGAAGGAAUGGGUGUAAAUUGGGGAAGCUUCUUACUUGCUAUGGUGACUUUAGUGAUGAUACCAGUUCCAUUUCUUUUCAGUAGAUACGGUGCAUAUCUAAGAUCCAAGUCACCAUAUGCAUGGGAUGACUAA